AUACCAUUAGGAAGAAACUAUGGUCAACAUUGGCAACUGAUAUGAUUCUUUUAAGAAAAAUACAGGAAUAAUUCAAUUAUAAAACUGAAUUUAACUGCUGUAUAAUAAAACUUUGCCUUGUAGAUGUUCUGCUAUUUUCUCAACAGUAGGGGAGCAUGGAGACUCUCUCAAGAUCAGUGUACUCAUCAUCAGCUGCCCCUUGCCAUCUGCACGGUUUCACUACUCACAAAACCACACUCCCACAUGCAGCAUUUGGCAGGAAUGAAGCUUUUACAACAGCUAAAGCUACUCCAACACAAGGAAAUGGAGCAAAUCUGCAGAAAACUAAUACCCACAGAGGCCCAAUUGCUAGUUUUAAAGGAAGGGCUGUUGCUGAUGGAGUUGAGAUUGAAUUAGGUGAAAAGACGUCUGGAAGUGUGAAUACCACAACACUUAAUUCAUCACUUCCCCUGUUGAAGGUCUCAUCAGAGUCUCUGCAAUAUGAGGCAGGGCUUCUUGGGGGCAUCUCAGACAAGACUAGAGAUCCCGACAAAGACACCAACAGAAAUGGGGCGCCCUCUGAUAUGUAUUAUCUCACUAAUAUGUUGUCAUCCAAAGUUUAUGAGGUGGCCAUUGAAUCUCCCCUGCAGUUUGCCCCCAAGCUCAGCCAGAAAACAGAGGUCAGGAUUAUGUUGAAGAGAGAGGAUUUGCAGCCUGUUUUUUCUUUCAAGUUGCGAGGUGCCUACAACAUGAUGGCAAAGCUACCAAAGGAAGAACUAGAAAGAGGAGUUAUUACCUCAUCAGCUGGUAACCAUGCUCAAGGAGUUGCAUUGGCAGCAGAAAGACUUGGCUGUAAUGCAGUGAUUGCAAUGCCUGUGACUACACCUGAAAUCAAGUGGAAAUCAGUUCAGCGUCUUGGAGCAACUGUAGUUCUUAUUGGAGAUUCCUAUGAUGAAGCUCAAGCAUAUGCUAAACGUCAAAGUGAAGAAGAGGGCCGCAUUUUUAUACCUCCUUUUGACCAUCCAGAUAUCAUCAUAGGCCAAGGAACAAUUGGAAUGGAAAUUGUACACCAAAAUCCCGGCCCAAUACAUGCUGUAUUUGUCCCAGUUGGUGGUGGUGGUCUAAUUGCUGGCAUUGCUGCUUAUAUGAAGCAAGUUCGACCAGAGGUACUAAUUAUAGGUGUGGAGCCAGCAGAUGCGAAUGCUAUGGCACUUUCCUUGCAUCAUGGGCAGCGCGUGAUGUUGGAGCAGGUAGGGGGGUUUGCAGAUGGGGUUGCAGUUAAGGUGGUGGGUGAAGAAACAUUUCGAUUAUGCAGGGAUCUGCUGGAUGGAAUAGUUCUUGUCAGUCGUGAUGCUAUCUGUGCAUCAAUAAAGGAUAUGUUUGAGGAAAAGAGGAGCAUUUUAGAACCUGCUGGGGCUCUGGCAUUAGCUGGGGCAAAUGCUUAUUGCAAAUAUUAUGGUUUAAAGGAUGAGACUGUGAUAGCUAUAACCAGUGGAGCAAAUAUGAACUUCGAACGUCUAAGGCUUGUCACUCAACUUGCUGACGUGGGUGCCAAGAGGGAGGCCGUUCUCGCAACUUUUCUUAAAGAGGAGCGUGGUUCUUUUAAGAAGUUUUGUGAGCUGGUUGGGCCAAUGAAUAUAACAGAAUUCAAAUAUCGAUAUGCUGAGAAAGACAAAGCACUUGUUUUGUAUAGUGUUGGUGUUCACAAGGCUGAGGAGCUGCAAGAACUCAAGAAUCGCAUGGAAUCAUCUGGCCUGAAGACAUUAGACCUAACAGACAAUGACUUGGCUAAAGAUCAUUUGCGACAUCUUAUGGGUGGUCGUUCCAAUGUAAAAAAUGAACUACUCUGCAGAUUUGUGUUUCCUGAGAGGCCAGGUGCAUUGAUGAAGUUUCUAGAUGCAUUUAGUCCUCGGUGGAAUAUAAGUUUAUUUCACUACCGUGCACAGGGUGAAGCAGGUGCAAACGUAUUGGUUGGUAUACAAGUUCCACAAGAGGAUGAAGAAGGAUUUACAGGGCGUGCAAAAAAUCUUGGAUAUGAAUACAACAAGGAAAACCAGAAUGAGGCCUUCCGCCUUCUAAUGCAUUGACAGUCACCACAACUACAAUAUCUUGGAAGAUUCUAAAAAGCCGUGUACUUUUAUUUGUAUUACGAUUCUGUUGGCCAGGUCUUGUUACGGUUGAUUUGUUUGAUGAUCCCUUGAUCCUUAAGGGAUCAUCAUACGAUUUUCUUCGACAACAAAAAAAUCUUGGUUCUGAAUUAGUCUUAAUUCUCAAUGUGAUGUACUAUUGUUUCGUUGAUCUACUGUACAAAAAUACUACAUACAGAGCAUUAUGUUAUCGAGAUAUUUGCAUUAUAGAAAUUUUUGAAUUAAUUCAAAUUUUCAGUGAGUUUCAUAAAA